AUGUUUUCGAGGUCGUCACUCUUGUCGCUCCUUGUCUUGGGGCUCCAGGCGCCGCUUCAAGCAUCUGCGAAGCUGGAUGCCAACGAGACAGACGGCCGAUUCAUCCUUGCCAACGACCGGUUUUAUACCGCCAUUGACAAGUCGAUAGGGUCUGUGGUGAGCCUCACUCUCGAUGGGCAGGAUCUACUUGGUCCCAAGAGCGGCGCUACCGGCCAGGGGCCAUACUUGAAUUGCUACUGCAUUCCCUCGGGUUUCUGGACGCCCGGCACCCAAAAGCCAAGCUAUGAGCUCUACUCUGGCACCGACUCUACCGGGACCGCCUACGGUGGCGUCAAGAUGUCCGACACUUACAUCGCGACGGGCCAGGUCCUCGAGCAGUACUGGUUCCUCCGUGAUGGCGAGACCGGUUUGCACACGUUCAGCCGGGUGGCAUAUCACAACGAAACGACACCCUUCCUGCGGAAUCUGCAAGAGCUGAGAACCAUGUUCCGCCCGAACACUGACAUCUGGACCCAUCUUUUGACCAACAAGGGACACUAUGCUCCUCUGCCUGGGUCUGAGGCCACAAGCAAGCAGGUCACAGUGCAGGAUGCGACCUGGUAUCUUGGGAACACGCCCGACGACGCGUACGUGAAGGAACUGGCGGAUUACUUCACCAAGUACACAUUUUCCGACCCAUGGAGAGAUCUUGACGCCUAUGGUUUAUUCGCUGAUGGCUCCAACACCCCCGAUGGAUCGACUUAUGGAGCUUGGCUGGUGAUGAACACGAAAGACACGUACUUUGGCGGCCCUACCCAUUCAGAUCUUACUGUGGACGGUAUCGUGUACAACUAUAUCAGCUCCAACCACCACGGUGACCAGACGCCUGAUAUCACAAACGGCUUUGACAGGACAUUUGGGCCUGCUUAUUACUACUUCAACCGCUUCCCAGAAGGCUCCGACAUUCUCGCACUACACGAGGACGCCGCCCAGUUCGCCGAUCCUACUUGGAACGCCGAGUUCUACGACUCCAUCGCAGAGCACGUCACCAACUACGUCCCGUCCUCGAAACGAGCAACCUGGAAGCUUCACGUUGACCUCCCCAAGAACGCCAAACGGCCGCUUGCAGUCCUGUCCCAGAACGGCGUCGACUUCCAGGAGAACGUCCUCGACACCAAGGCGUACCAGUACUGGGCCAACAUCGACGACGAGGGCUACGCCACGAUCCCCAUGGUCAAGGAAGGCACAUACCGCCUCACAAUCUACGCCGACGGCGUCUUCGGCCACUACAUCAAGGACAACGUGGUCGUCACCGCCUCCUCCGGCGUGAGCGUGAUGCAGAUGACCCACGCCCGCUGGCGCGAGGAGACUGAGGGCGUGGAGAUCUGGCGCCUGGGUUACCCCGAUCGCUCGGCCGGCGAGUACAGGCACGGGACCGCGCGCGACACGAAGCACACCCUCCACCCGGAGGAGUACCGCAUCUACUGGGGCGCCUACGACUUCGUCGAGGACUUCCCCGAAGGGGUCCGCUUCAAGGUCGGGGAGAGCAAGGAGGCCGAGGACUGGAACUACAUCCACUGGAGCGUCUUCGGGGGCCGCUCCAACUACAACAGACCCGAGCCGUACGUCGGGGACGGCAACGUGAACAACUGGACCGUCGCGUUCGACCUCGACAAGGCGCAGAUCGAGUGGAAGCGGCAGGCCACGCUGACGGUCCAGCUCGCGGGCGUGAAGACGGCGGCGGGGAACACGGACGUGUACAAUGCGUCGGAGCCGUACGCGAACCUGCCUUAUACCGUCAACAUCAACGGUCAGGAUCUCGAGCCAUGGGUGAUUCCGUAUAACCAGAGCAGCUCGUGCGGUGUGCGCUCUGCUGUGAUCUGCUACGGCGUCGCCCAUAAAUUCAUCUUCAAGCCCGAGUUGCUGCGCGAGGGGGAGAACGAGUUUGUGCUCAGCUUGCCGUACAAUGGCACCAACUACGAGUCUGCGUUGCUGGCAGAGACGGUGUAUGUGCAGUAUGAUGCGCUUCGCUUUGAGAUUGUCUAG